AUGGAGAAUCGGCCGCCUGCCGGCCACACAUACCGCUCAGGCAAGGCUCAGCAUGCAUUUCAACCUCAGACACAACGUUGGAAUGAGUCUGAAAUAGCCCAACAACAGGGUACUCGGCACCAGGGAGCGCAACAAGCAGAGCCAGCGAAUCAAGAAUAUAGCGAAGCUGUCCAGUGGCCUCAGCAACAACACCAGAUAGUUGCUCGUCUGCAGGCAGCCCAAGAACAGCAAGCAACUCGGCGACACAACGAAGCUCUUCGAAGGAUUGAGCAACAACAGCAGGCCGCUCAGCGGCAACAACAAGUCGCUCGGCAACAGCUGGUCGGCCAAGUGGUGCAGGCGACUCAGCGACAAAUCAAUGACCUUCAACGGCUCCUGCAGCAGCAAGACGCCGCUCGCGCACGGGCGACUCAGCGAGAGAUCGAAGGCCUUCGAUCGUCUUUGCGACAACAGCAAUUAAUACAGCGUCAGGGACAAGCCAGCGGCAUGGGAACGCCCUUACAAGAUCAGACUGGGGCUAUUCAGGCCCAGGACAGUCCUUUCACCCGUCAAGGGGCCUCCUAUGCCGAAUUCUUCAUUGAGCCUGCCUCAAUGCAGGAAGGUGCUGUCUCGCCUGUUCGUCCACAGCCCGCCCUGGAGCAUGGCCAGACAAGCGUGCCUACAGAUGACGAUGCAAAUCUCGACAACCCGGAUGGCGACAUUGACUGGGAGCACACCGGCUAUGACUUCGGAUCUGAACCCGAAGAGCGAUCUUACGAUGGCUGGGGCUGCCACCACCGCUACAUACCACUCACGGUCGACUCAAUGCACGACAAAUGGUUCAAGAUACCACCAUGGGAGAAGGAUUUUCGUGAAGUCGGGAUUCGCAUCGAUUGCACAGGCUGCUUCACAGAGCUGCUUAUUCGAACGAAAGAACAGGCACCAGAGGCCGCCUGGGAAUGCCGGCAGUGCAGUGCCGUGCAUUGCGAUGACUGUGUCAAGACGGCGAAGGCACGAAUCCGCAAGUGGAAGGCUACUGAGGACUCAUAG